AUGCACAAGACAAUGAUGGAUUUGUUCGGGAAGCUGGCCAACACAGACGAAGAGCUACGCGAACUGAUUCGCGCGAUCGCCGACAGGUUGGAUACUAAGAUGGAUCGCGAUGAGAUUGAACAGCUACGAGCUUGGCUGGAGAAACGCUUCAAGAGCAUUAUGGCUCGUCUACGUGCCGGCCAUUCAGUCAGUCCAGUUAAAACAACGACCGACGAGGCAGCCGGACUUCGACGUGGACUGCAGCACUACCACUGCAUCUCCUGUGAUCGACCAUUGCAGGUGUCUACCGGACCUGAGUGUUUGAGACCCGUCGGAGAGAAAUUAACUGAUUUCAUCUGGCUUCUUUCCUCUUCAACAGAUCAGCUACUCCAUUUGUCGAAUCGCGAGGGUUCCCUUCGAGCAGAUCAAUAA